AUGACCGCUUCAACGAGCUCGAGCACAAUAUCGCCCAAUGUGCCCAGAACCAUGAAGGCGCUCCGUAUCGAACAAUUCAACGCCAACCCACCUUACGUCAUGCGUCACGACGUGCCCGUACCCGAUGUGGGACCCAACGAUGUGCUCCUUCGCAUCGCCACGGCUGGGUACUGCCAUACCGAGAUGAUGGUGGCACGCGGAGAAUUCGCCUCGAAAGCGCGCAAACCUUUGCCGGUGAUUCCUUCCCACGAGCCCACGGGUGUCGUCGUCGGGCUCGGGGCCAAUGCAGCUGAGGGAAGCACGCCAUUGAAGCUGGGAGAUCGCGUGGGGUCGAUCACCUUCCGCGACCCGUGUGGCGAGUGUGAUGAGUGCACACGCGGCACCCCCAAGUACUGCCAACAACAGGACAUGGUCGGUGUGACCGCGGACGGCGCGUUUGCGGAAUACAUGCUCGCCGACUACCGCUCCUGCGUCGUCUUGCCGGACUCGCUGGACUUUGACUCGGCCGCUCCCCUCUUCUGCGCCGGUGCUACAAUCUACCAGGCCAUCAAAGAAUGCCAGCUGCAACCGCGUCAGACGCUCGCCAUCAUCGGAGCAGGCGCACUGGGACACCUCGGUGUGCAGUUGGCCAAAUGCUUGGGCUUCAACGUAUGGCUGUUCGACGCGCGAGAUGCCCCGCUGGAGAUGUGCAGAUCUCUCCGCUAUCCGCCAGACAAGGCGGUCAACUCGGGCAACAUCGACGGCCACGACGCCGCAGCUGUUGACAACUUGGUCUCGUCCGAAUUGGGAGGGAAGAGGGCGGAUGCGACCAUCCUCUGCACCGACGUGAUUCCUGCAUACGAGUUUGGGCUGGCAAUCACCAAGAACCACGGCCUGUUCCUGGUCGUCGGCCAACCCAACGACCCGAUUCCUAUCCACUACAACCACUUGAUCUUCCGAGACAUCACCGUCAAGGGCAGCUUGCUCAGCGAUGCAAACACCACCCGUGAAAUGUGCGAGCUGGUCGCCAAACACAAGAUUCAGGUCAAGACGAGUGCGUACACGUUGGAGGAGGUGGACAAGAUGAUGGACGACUACGCCAAGCCCAACCACCAGGGCAAGAUGGUCGUCCGUGUCAAUGGUGGUUUGUGA